UCUGACCUGGGCAGACUUUCAAGGAAGAUGCAGCCACUCUUGCUCUUGUUGGCCUUUCUUCUGCCCUCCAAGUCUGCAACAGGAAUUGUCAUAGGAGGACAUGAGGUCAGGGCCCACUCCCGCCCCUACAUGGUGUUUAUUCUGGUUCCCAUGAAGCGGAAGGCCAAGAGGUGUGGCAGUGUCCUCAUGAAAUUGGACAAUGUUAUGACGGCUGCUCACUGCUGGGGAAGCUCAGUCAGGGUGAUUCUGGGGGCCCACAACAUCCUGAUUCAAGAGAGGACCUGGCAGGUCAUCCCUGUGAAAGAAACCAUCUGCCACCCUGACUAUAUCCCUAAAGACUAUUUCAACGACAUCAUGAUACUCAAGCUGGAGAGAAAGGCCAGGCAGACUGCAGCUGUGAGGACCCUCAGCCUGCCCAGGGGCACAGCGCAAGUGAGGCCUGGAGAGGUGUGCAGUGUGGCCAGCUGGGGGAAAGUUGCCCCAAAUGGCAGAGUUUCCAACACACUCCGGGUGGUGGAGCUGACUGUGCAGCAGGACGAGGUGUGCGAAGCCCGCUUAUAUGAUUAUAGCAGCACUACCACUCUGCUGUGCGUGGGGGACCCGAAUAAAAGGAAGUCUUCCUUUAAGGGGCACUCUGGGGGCCCUCUUGUGUGUAACAACGUGAUCCAGGGCAUUUCCCGUGGUGGUCUAAAUGACGUGACACCUCCAUGGGUCUUCACCAAAGUCUCGAGUUUCCUGCCCUGGAUGAAGGAAACCAUGAAAUCCUAUGAAAAGCCUCUAACUGUAGGAACCAGCCCACCUUCUCUGGAGCUGAUGCAGAAUGACCCUCAUUCACAGGCACUAACUCGGUCCUUAGAAGGCCAAUGA